AUGAGUUUAUUUACUUUCCUAGCUAGACGUUGGCUUAGCUGCCUUGCUCCUGAUCUGGAUCCCACGGCUUCGAACCUCGAAUCCUCUCUUCUCAACUUCUCACUACCUAUAGAAGCCUCUCACUGUCGAGUUCUUGUAACUUUACUCUUCAGACUCUUCACCACCUCUUCUGUCUUCUCUUCUAUCUUUAGCAAGCCCAUGAAUCUUUCUUCCGUAGAUUUUAGGAAUGUCGAAGUUGCAUCAGCUUUGCCAAGUGGACCCACCUACAUCUGUCAAACAUCACGGUCGCCUAUCCCAACAUCGCUUAUUUCUCCUAAACUUCCUAGCAGCUUUGGAGCAGAUUAUAUUAGUGCUGAGGUAACGGAAUCUACUCUGCCAGACCUGACCUAUAAUUUAGGCCAGCUUAAGAUAAUUAAAGAAACAGAAACAGCUGAAUAUCAGGAGCAGAAGGGUGAAAAGGAAGAAAAUAUUCCGAAGAAAACUAUUCCUGGGAUGAGUAAGAAGGAAGACGGCUACGAUACUCAGUGGGCGAGGGCUAUUUGCCGGAUGUCUUCUGCAAGUUUCCCCUUUUGCUCUUCUUAUCCUUGUGGCAUGACUCUCCAUUUCGAAGGGAAAUUUUAUUGGAAGGCAUUCGUGAUUUGGUCUCACCGGAAACUGAAGGAGGAUUGUCGCAAUCCUUCUAAUCUUGAAGACUGGUUCCAGUACCUUAUCCGCUGUCUGCUUCAGUCCUCUGUUGUAUCUUCCAUAGACAGUAAAAACGAACAAACUUCUUCCUAUUCAGCCCCAGACACUAUACACGAUGAGGAUCUCCAUGAAAAACCUUUUUAUCCUUUUUUUCAUCAUCAACCCUCCUUAAUACACCCACGUCUACUUGUACGUCUGAUGCAGCCAAUCGCCUGCGAUCUUAACCUUCUUAACCUUCUUCCAUCAAUAGCUGCUCCCUCUGAAGCUACCGAUCCCAACAUAAAUACUCACCACAUUCAUCUAGCUCUCCAGGAAACCACUUGCUUGCCUCUUCAAUUGACCCAGCUUGCCUUGAGACUUGGUUCACGGCGCAGCCUUCAUCCAAGCUUCCCAACAUGUCCUAAGCGCUUUGCUGCUUCUGAUUCUGCAACAUCUGUUUCACCUGCCUCUCCAUUUUCUUUACGGACUCCGUUUCCUGCUAGCUCCACACUUCAUCCUCCAGCUGCUGUCAUUUGUGACAGCAUUGCUGCGAGUCAUUCAAAGGAAGACAAGCAACCUUUUAAAGCCAAGGCACCUCUGCGGGGUAGAAUUUCCGCGACUCUUAACGAAUUUCGCUUUGCAGCUGACGAACAUCUCGUCUGUCGCUCACCGGAUCCUGUUUUCCUGUUUGGGUAA